CGCAGCCCGGGGAUCUCCAUCGCCAGCGGGAGCGGAGCGGGGCGGCGAGGGCUGGGCGGCUCUCCCGGCUGGAGGACACGAACCGCGGCUCAGGCUCAGCUCCCGGCUCGCUCAGCUGCGGCGGGGGCGCGGGAUCCAUGGCAGCCUCUCGCCUCCCAGCCCGGCUCCCGGCGUCCCCGUGAGGCUGCGGACAUCCCCGGCUCCUCGGAGCAGCUCGGCUGCCUGCGCCCAGGAGGGCUCCGCGACCCCCGAGCUGCCUCUCCCUCCCUCCCUGCCCGGCUCCGGCCGCCCUGACUAUGGAGUACCUGCGAGUGUGGCUCGGCGUCUCGUUCGCCUUGGCGGAAUUCACUCCCCUGCCUCCCGUGCGCUCCGGGGGUGCAUGUGUCUUCCGGGGCUCGUUCUUCUUGGAUGACACCGUUUGGAAGCCUGAUUCAUGCCAGGAUUGUCGUUGCCAUGGUGACAUUGUUGUCUGCCGGCCUGUUGUUUGCAAAAACCCUCAGUGUGACUUUGAGAAGGGAGAAGUGCUUCAAAUAGCUGCCAACCAGUGCUGCCCGGAGUGUGUCUUGAGGACCAAAGGACUGUGCCACCACGAAGGGAAGGCCCAUGGGCAUGGGACAGAGUGGACAACCUCUCAAUGCACCAUUUGCUCUUGUAGUCAUGGACAAGUCAGGUGCAACCAGAGGCCAUGCCCACAUCUUUCAUGUGGGCCCCAUGAGCUGGAAUCCAUCCCUGAAAACGCCUGCUGUCCCAAAUGUGUGGGCCGGGGCAAGCCCUGUUCCUUUGAUGGUCGUUUGCUUCUGGAUGGUGAAGAAGGGCAGCUGAGCCAAUGUUCUAAAUGUGUGUGCAGAAACGGGACUCCCCAGUGCUUCACGGCUCAAUGUCAGCCACUGCUCUGUGGCCAGGAUGAAGAAGUGGCUCGCCUCCCUGGGAAAUGUUGCCCGCAGUGUCUUCCCAGAUCUUGCUCUUCAGCUGGAAAAGUGCACCAGCAUGGUGAGCAGUGGACUGAAGACGCUUGUACUACAUGUGUAUGUGACAGGGGAGAGACCAGAUGCCAUAAGCAUGUGUGUCCUCUACUCACCUGUGAAAAGGGUCAGAACAAAGUACACCAUCCCAGUGAGUGCUGUGACAAAUGCAUGUCAUCUACGGGAAAUUGCUUGUAUGAUGGGAUUCUUAGGUAUGAUGGUGAAAUGUGGAAGGGCUCAACGUGUGACUUCUGUACAUGUGAUCGAGGUCAGGUUGCUUGCCAUGUUGGAGAAUGUGCCGGUGUGAAGUGUACCCAGGAUGAAGAAUUAAUUCACCUGGAUGGGAAAUGCUGUCCUGAAUGUGUUCCAAGACGUCAGCGCUGUAUUUAUGAAGAACAUAUAAAAGACGAGGGAGAAAGGUGGGAUGAUGGUCCAUGCAAAGUGUGUGAGUGCCGAGAUGCCCAAGUAAUCUGUUAUCAACCCUCCUGCCUCCCGUGCCCAGUGGGUACAUUGGCAGUGGAAGUCUCGGGACAGUGCUGCCCAGCUUGCAAAUCAGUCCCCUGUCACCCAGACUGCCUGGCUUGUUCUCAGUCCCCAGACCACUGUGACCUCUGCCGGGACCCCAGGAAGCAUCUGCAGAGUGGCCGCUGUGUGCAUAGCUGUGACCCAGGAUUCUACCGGAGUGGGGGCCUUUGUUUAGCCUGCCAACGGGAGUGUGCCACUUGUACCAAUGGGUUUGAAUGCUCCUCGUGCCAGCCGUCCCUGCUGAUGAAAGGAAGGCAAUGUGUGGCUGCCUGUGGCAAAGGAUUCUACCAGGAUCACCACUACUGUUUAGGGUGCCACAAAUCCUGUGCUACGUGCUGGGGACCAGCUGAGAAGAACUGCUUGUCUUGCCAGGAUCGGUCUCAAGUGCUCAGAGACGGUUCCUGUGAAGGCAGCUGUGGUCAGGGUUUUACAACAAGGACAGAGUCUUGUGAAUCUUGUGACCCGUCCUGUGAGAGCUGUGGUCCGGAGAGUCCUCGCUGUCUGACGUGUGCCGAGAAGAUGGUGUGGCAUGAUGGCAGGUGCGUCCCAGAAUGCCCUCCCGGGCACUAUCCUGACAGCACUGGCAGAUGUUCAGGUUGUCAUGUUUCCUGUGCCAGCUGCAGAGGCCCCUCGGCUGCCCACUGUACUGCCUGUCCCCACUCUUGGGUUUUGCACCAAAACCAGUGUCUUUCCGACUGUGGACAGAGCUUUUACUCUGACCAUGGCAUCUGCAAAGCUUGUCAUCCUUCAUGCCUGAAUUGUGUUGGUCCAGAACCCUCCAAUUGCACCCAGUGCAGGAAACCAGAAGAAGGGAUGCAGGCUGAACGGGCAUCUGGGGAAAUCCUCUCUGGCAUGUGUGUGGCCCAAUGCAAAGCCCAUUUUUACUUGGAGAAUACUGGACUCUGUGAAGCUUGUCAUGAUUCCUGUUUGGCAUGUCAGGGGAAGAGCCCAGACAAUUGCACAUCCUGUGUAUCUUCUCAUGUCCUCUUGGAUGGCCGGUGCUUCCCCCACUGCCCAGAUGGAUUUUUCAGCCAGGAGGGUAUCUGCUCCAUGUGCCAUCCCUCGUGCAGACAGUGCCAGGGCCCUACGGACUCUGACUGCAUCAGUUGCCAUCCCCAUGCUCGUCUAGUGAGGGGAACCUGCAGGACCAGCUGUAAAGAGGAACAGUACCUGAACCUUGUGGGCUAUUGUGUGGAUUGCCACCCCCUGUGCCAACAAUGUGUAGCUGACCUCCACAACACUGGCAGUAUCUGCCUCAAGUGUCAGAAUGCCCGCUACUUGCUGCUGGGGGACCACUGUGUUUCUAGUUGUCCCAUUGGAUACUAUGCAGAGAAUGGAGCUUGUAACCGGUGCCACCUCUCCUGCAAAAGCUGCCAUGGUUAUGGCCCCUUUUCCUGCUCCUCAUGUGAUGCCAACCUUGUCUUGUCUCACAGUGGCUUGUGUACCAGCGCUUGUUUCCCAGGGCACUAUCUUGAUGAAAGCAACGCCUGCCAACCGUGCGAUGCCCAGUGCUGGAGCUGUGAUUCCCCAUCAAGAUGUACCUCUUGCCGGGACCCAGCGAAGGUCCUUCUCUUUGGAGAAUGUCAGUAUGAGAGCUGUGCCCAGCAGUACUACCUCGACUUGUCUACCAAGACGUGCAAAGAAUGUGACUGGAGCUGCAAUUCCUGCCAGGGUCCACUGAGCACAGACUGCCUGCAGUGCAUGGAUGGCUAUGUGCUUCAGAACAGUGUCUGCGUGGAGCAAUGUUCACUUUCCUUUUAUAGGGACUCCGACCAUUGCAAGAGCUGUGAUGAUCAUUGUCUUGAGUGUCUGGGCCCCCAUGAGUGUACUCACUGUGAAGAACCAUUUUUCCUCCUUGAAGCACACUGUACCCAGAAGUGCGGCCAGCGAUAUUAUGUAGACACCAGGACACAGAGAUGCAUGGCCUGUCCCCCGGGGUGUUUGGAGUGUAACGAGAAGGAACGGUGCCAUCUCUGUGACCAUGGCAUGUCUCUCAAGAACGGGCUUUGUGUUUCCAGCUGUGCCCCCAGCUUCUCUGGCCACCUUCAGAACGGAACGUGUCAUGGUGACACCUAUACUCAUAUCCUUCAGCCCAAUGCUUCCCUUACUCUGGGGAUCGGCUCAGUGAGGCCCCUGGAUUUCUCCUUGCUGCGUGCCCAUGCUGUGGAAGGCAGGGGCACAGACCUCUUGUUCCAUGUUGUCAGCGUCCCCACCAAUGGCCAGUUGGUGCUCCUGGUGAAUGGAAAAGAGGUCCCCCUGGGGGCGGCUGACCAUUUUAACUGGGAAGACCUGAAAGAGAAGAGGGUGCGUUUUGUGCACAGCAAAGACAAGCCCAGGAAAGGCCAUUUUUCCCUGAAAGUGAGUGACCAGCAAUCCUUCUCUGAACCACAACUGAUCAGCAUCCAAGCCUUUUCCACACAGGCCCCUUACCUGCUGAGGAAUGAAGCUCUUCACAUCAGCAGAGGGGAGAGUACCGCCAUCACUACCCAGCUUCUGGACAUCCGAGACGAUGACAAUCCACAGGAAGUAGUGGUGGAGGUGGUGAAUGCCCCUCGGUAUGGACAGCUCCUCCAGCCGCUGCGUGAUCCCGGUGCUCCUGUCCGUCAAUUCCAGCUGGAUGACCUGGCCAGAGGCCUUCUCUACUACUCCCAUGAUGGCUCAACUAGUACUUCAGAUGCCAUUCUCUUGCAGGCCAGUGAUGGCUACUCCUUCCACAAUAUCCUCUUCAAAGUACAGAUUGUGCCAAAGAUUGAAGGAGACCUUCAGCUGGUGGCUAACUCAUUGGUGUGGGUCCCUGAAGGAGGAAUGCUGCCAAUCACCAACAGGAUCUUACGGGCUGAAGUGCUUGGGGCCAGUGACUCUGAAAUCAUCUAUACGAUUUCUCAAGACCGUCCAAGAUUUGGGGAGGUGGUUCUUUUGAUGAACAUGCCUGCAGGCAUUCCAGUGGAUGGGAGGCAGCACCUGCCCGAUGGGAGAAUGGCAACACCCACCAACACGUUCACCCAGCAAGACAUCAACGAAGGAAUCGUGUGGUACAAGCAUUCGGGUGCCCAGGCGCAAAGCGACUCCUUCAACUUCCAGGUAUCCAGUCCAACUGCCCCCCAGGCCCAUCUGGAGAACCAAGUAUUCAACAUCGCCAUCUUGCCAAAAACACCGGAGCCUCCAAAGCUCUUCCUGGGAGCCAAUCUGCAUAUGACCGUUCAGGAGGAUCGGCUGAGUGUGAUACAACCCCGCCACCUCUCUUUUGUCGACUCCAAGAGUCCAAGUGGAAGGAUUGUAUACAAUAUUACUGCCCCUUUGCGGCCCAAUCAAGGUAUCAUCGAGCACAGAGACAGGCCUCACUUCCCCAUUCAGUAUUUCACGCAGGCAGAUGUUAACCAAGGAAAAAUCAUGUACCGGCCUCCCACUGCGGCGCCCCAUCUCCAAGAGAUCAUGGCUUUCUCCUUUGCCGGUCUUCCAGAAUCCGUGAACUUCCGUUUCACAGUUUCAAAUGGAGAGCACACAACGGAAGAAAUGAUGUUUACCAUCCACUUACUUCCCAUUCAUCAGCAACUCCCGCUGUUCCAGAUCACAGUUCCAUUUCUGGAGGUCAGCCGAGGAGGCCAAGCUAAUGUGGGGAUUCAGCUGGCAAUGAGUGAUGACACCAUGACUCCUGAAGACCUUUCCUUUGAGCUGGUGAAGCCGCCCCUGCAUGGAGCACUCUUCAAGAACACAGCUGAAUUCCAAGGACAGAUGAACACAGGCGACCCCUUCACCUAUGAGGAUGUCACUCACAAUGCGCUGCAGUAUGUUCAUGACGGCUCAUCAGCCACAGAAGACAGCAUGGAGAUCUCUGUCACUGAUGGUGUGGCCACAGCCACCACACUGGUGAAUGUGGAGGUGUCAUGGACUGACCGCAGUGGUCCCCGGCUGGCCCCGGGCUCCUCGCUGACCACCAGCGUCCCCAGCAGAAGUUCCAUUCCUCUCACUAGAUCACAUCUGGCUUAUGUGGAUAAUUCUUCCCCUGACUCAAAAAUAUGGAUUCAUUUACUUUCUUUACCGAUGUAUGGGACUCUCACAAGAACAUCAGGACUAACGGUGGAAGAGCUUUCAGAGAUUUCUAACUUCACAAUGGAGGAUAUCAACAACCAGAAAAUCAGGUACUCAACUUCAUUUGAGACAGACAGUCAACCAGUCACUGAUAUUUUCCAAUUCUCUGUCUCUGAUGGUGACAACAACCAGCUGAACAAUCAGAAAUUCACCGUCAUUAUCACCCCUGUCCAGAAUCCGCCUCCCAUUUUCACUUUUGCUGACCUUAUCACUGUUGAUGAAGGAGGGAGAGUACCACUCACAUUUCACCAUUUCCUGGCUGUGGAUCCAGGGAACCUCCAGGGAGAUACAGAAGUCAAAAUAAGCACUUUGCCUACAUAUGGCUUCAUUGAGAACACCAGGACAGGUAGUCGUUUUGGCCCUGGAGGCAGCGGUGACCUGGAAGCAUCCUUCCCCUUUCAGGAUAUUCUAGAAAACCACAUAUACUACUUUCAGAGUGUCCAUGAGAGCAUUGAGCCAACCAGUGACGUCUUCAGCUUCUAUGUGAGCGAUGGAUUUGGCCGUUCAGAGAUUUACAGCAUCAACGUCACCAUUGAGAAGAAAAAUGAUGAGUCUCCCAAGAUGACUAUUCAGCCCAUCAGGGUGCAAGAGCGCUCAGGAGUGGUGAUCAGAAAUACAUCUUUGAGUCUGCAAGACCUGGACACUCCCAGUAACGAACUGGUGUUUGUACUAACCAAAAAGCCCGACCACGGUUAUCUCCAUCGAAGACAACUCUCCUCGGAGCCCCUUGAGAAUGGCCGGAUCUUAUCCCAGGGAUCCUCCUUCACCUACCAGGAUAUCCUGGAUGGCUUGAUUGUCUAUACCCCUGGUGGCCCUGGUGUGACUGUGGAUGAGUUCCGUUUCUCCCUCACAGAUGGCCUCUACACUGAGACAGGGAGGGUAGAGCUAUCCAUGGAAAUCCCCAAGAGCGAGCCUCCCCAACUGGCUGUUAACCGAGGCCUGCAGCUGUCAGCAGGUUCUGUAGCCCGGAUCACAGAUCAGCACUUGAAAGUGGAAGGCACCAUUUUGGAUGACCUGAAAGUUAUGUACAUCAUGAAGAAAGAUCCCAGUGUGGGGCGCUUGCAGCUGGCAAGGAAUGACAAUCUAGAACAGAUCUCUGUUAAGGGACCAGUCAAGAGUUUCACCCAAGAUGACAUCAGCCAAGGAUGGGUCGAAUACAGACAUGAGAAGGGAGAGUCUGGUGGCAGUUUUGCUUUUAAGUUUGAUGUGGUUGAUGCUGAAGGCAACAAGCUGACUGACCAGUCAUUCUCCAUCAGUGUCCUAGAAGACAAAUUCCCACCUGUCGUCAUAGUUAACAAAGGACUGGUCCUGGAUGAAAACUCAGGAAAGAAAAUCACGACUCUGCAGCUGUCAGCCACUGACCAGGACAGUGAGCCUGGGGAGUUAAUCUUCAGGAUUACAAAGCAGCCCCAGCUGGGAUACUUGGAACAUGCAGCAUCACCAGGCAUCCAGAUUAGUUCCUUCACUCAAGCGGACCUAACUGCUCGAAGCAUCCAAUAUAUCCACACCAGUGAAGUGGAAAAACACAGUGAUGCCUUUACCUUCACAGUCUCUGAUGGAGCCAACCUAGUGAGUCAAACCUUUCCCAUCACCAUCAAUGCUGUGGAUGACUCAUUACCCAUUGUACAAAACACAGGGAUUCGAGUGCAGGAAGGAGUGCGGAAAACCAUCACAGAGUUUGAGCUUAAAGCCGUUGAUGCUGACACAGAGGCAGAAUCGGUCACAUUUACCGUAGUUCAGCCCCCGCGACACGGCACUAUUGAACACACCAGCAAUGGGCAACAUUACCGCCAGACCACCACGUUCACCAUGGAAGACGUCUACCAGAACAAGAUUAGCUACAGCCAUGAUGGCAGCAACUCCCUCAAAGACCGUUUUACCUUCACUGUAUCUGAUGGGACUAACCCCUUCUUCAUUGUCGAGGAAGGAGGGAAAGAGAUUGUGACGGCAGCACCCCAGCGGUUUAAAGUGGACAUCCUUCCAGUGGAUGAUGGUACCCCAAGAAUUGUCACCAACUUGGGCUUACAAUGGCUGGAGUACGUGGAUGGACAGGCAACCAACUUGAUCACUAAGAAAGAGCUAUUGACCAUGGACCCAGACACAGAGGACAAGCAUCUCAUCUAUGAGAUAACAACUGGACCCAGACACGGCUACGUGGAAAACAAGCUUCAUCCAGGCCGAGGUGCCACAACUUUUACUCAAGAGGACGUGAACUUAGGUUUGAUACGUUAUGUGCUAGAUGAAGAGAAGAUCCAUGAGACGAUGGACAGCUUCCAGUUCCUAGUGAAAGACAGCAAACCCAAUGUCGUCAGUGACAGUGUCUUCCACAUCCAGUGGUCCCUGAUCAGCUUUAAACAUACCAGCUACAACGUCAGUGAGAAGGCCGGCUCUGUCAGCGUCACCGUGAAGAGAACCGGGAACCUCAACCAAUAUGCCAUUGUCCUGUGUCGAACUGAACAGGGGACAGCCAUCUCCAGUUCCAACCCAAGCUCAAAACAUGGGCACCAAGACUACGUGGAGUAUGCCGGCCAGGUACAGUUUGAUGAGCGAGAAGAUACAAAAUCCUGCACCAUUGUAAUUAAUGAUGAUGAUAUAUUUGAGAACAUUGAAAGCUUCACCGUGGAGCUCAGCAUGCCAGCUUAUGCCUUGCUGGGAGAGUUCACCCAGGCCAAGGUCAUUAUCAAUGACACUGAAGAUGAACCUACGUUACAGUUUGAUAGGAAGAUCUACCGGGUCAAUGAGAGUGCUGGGUUCUUGUUUGCCCCUAUUGAAAGAAAAGGAGAUUCCAGCAGUAUCAUAUCUGCCAUUUGCUACACCAUCCCCAAAUCAGCUAGGGGAAGCAGCCUCUAUGUUCUAGAAUCAGGAUCUGAUUUUAAGUCAAGAGGAAUGUCAUCUGAGAAUCGUGUGAUAUUUGGACCUGGUGUCACUACUUCCACCUGUGAUGUCAUGCUGAUUGAUGACAGCGAGUACGAGGAAGAAGAGGAGUUUGAGAUUGCGCUAGCAGGUGCUUCUGACAAUGCCCGAAUUGGGAGUGUGGCUUCAGCCAAGGUGUUCAUUGGGGGCCCCAAUGAUGCCUCCACUGUGUCCCUGGGCAAUACGGCAUACACUGUCAGUGAAGAUGCAGGCACAGUGGAAAUCCCUGUGGUCCGGCAUGGGACUGAUCUCUCCACUUUCACAUCAGUAUGGUGUGCUACCCGCCCUUCUGACCCGCCUUCUGCUACUCCCGGGGUCGACUACAUCCCAAGCUCUAAAAAGGUGGAAUUCCGACCUGGUGACACUGAAAAGCACUGCACAUUGGUCAUCUUGGAUGAUGCUCAAUAUCCUGCAAUCGAAGGAUUGGAGACAUUUGUGGUUUUCUUGAGUUCAGCACAAGGGGCAGAGAUGACCAAACCUUUCCAAGCCAUUAUUGCCAUCAAUGACACAUUUCAGGACGUGCCCAGCAUGCAGUUUGCGAAGGAUUUGUACCUAGUGAAAGAAAAGGAUGGUGUCUUACACAUCCCCAUCAUUCGAAGUGGGGACCUGAGUUAUGAGUCCUCAGUGAGAUGCUAUAGCCAGAGCCAAACAGCCCAAGUCAUGGCGGACUUUGAGGAGAGAAGGAAUUCGGAUGAUUCCCGUAUCACAUUUCUGAAAGGGGAAAAGGUGAAGAACUGCACUGUCUAUAUCAACGAUGACUCCAUCUUUGAACCAGAGGAACAGUUCAGAGUCUACCUUGGCAAUCCUCUUGGAAACCACUGGAGUGGAGCAAGAAUAGGGAAAAGUAACAUGGCCACCAUCACCAUAUCCAAUGAUGAAGAUGCCCCAACUAUUGAGUUUGAAGAGGCUGCCUACCAGGUCCGGGAGCCUGCUGGGCCAGAUGCUCUGGCAAUUCUGAACAUCAAAGUGAUACGAAGAGGGGACCAGAACAGGACUUCCAGGGUCCGCUGCAGUACCCGCGAUGGAUCUGCCCAGUCUGGUGUGGAUUAUUACCCAAAGAGUCGUGUCCUGAAGUUCAGUCCUGGCGUGGACCACAUGCUGUUUAAAGUUGAGAUUCUGUCAAAUGAAGAUCGAGAGUGGCAUGAGUCCUUCUCCCUGGUCCUUGGCCCUGAUGACCCAGUGGAAGCAGUCCUUGGUGAUGUGACCACCGCAACGGUGACAAUCCUAGACCAGGAGGCUGCAGGGAGUCUCAUCUUACCAGCACCACCCAUUGUGGUUAUGCUUGCUGAUUAUGAUCAUGUGGAAGAAGUGACUAAGGAAGGGGUCAAAAAAUCUCCUUCCCCAGGGUACCCGCUGGUCUGCGUCACUCCUUGUGACCCUCACUUCCCCAAGUAUUCCAUUAUGAAGGAACGCUGCAUGGAGGCAGGCAUCAAUCAAACCUCUGUCCGGUUUAGCUGGGAAGUAGCGACACCCACGGAUGGUAAUGGGGCAAGGUCUCCGUUUGAGACCAUCACUGACAACACACCAUUCACCAGUGUCAACCACAUGGUACUGGACAGCAUCUACUUCAGCCGGAGGUUCCACGUGCGCUGCGUGGCGAAGGCCGUGGACAAAGCGGGGCACCUGGGGACCCCGCUGCGAAGUAACAUCGUCACCAUAGGGACAGACAGCGCUAUCUGUCACACGCCUGUCGUGGCGGGGACCGCCAGAGGCUUCCAGGCUCAGUCCUUCAUUGCUACCCUGAAGUACCUUGAUGUCAAACACAAAGAGCAUCCCAACAGGAUCCACAUCUCGGUCCAGAUCCCACACCAGGACGGUAUGCUGCCUCUUAUCUCGACAAUGCCGUUGCACAAUGUGCAUUUUCUCUUAUCGGAGUCCAUCUACAGACAUCAGCAUGUCUGCUCGAAUCUCAUCACCAUUGGGGAUCUGAAAGGUAUCUCAGAAGCGGGAUUCUUGGAUGAAGUCAUCUAUGACGACAUCGCCCUGGGCCCGGGCUAUGAUCGUCCUUACCAGUUUGAUCCCACCGUGAGGGAGGCCAAGACCAUCCAACUCUACAAGCACUUGAACCUGAAGAGCUGCACGUGGACCUUUGAUGCUUAUUACGACAUGACUGAAUUGAUUGAUGUCUGUGGGGGAUCUGUAACUGCUGACUUCCAGGUGAGAGACUCUGCUCAGUCGUUCCUGACAGUCCAUGUUCCCCUGUAUGUGUCAUACAUCUACGUGACAGCACCCAGGGGCUGGGCUUCCCUUGAUCACCACACAGAAAUGGAGUUCUCUUUCUUCUAUGACACUGUUCUCUGGAGAACAGGAAUUCAGACCGAAAGCGUGCUCUCCGCAAGGCUUCAGAUAAUAAGGAUCUACAUUAGAGAGGAUGGUCGUCUGGUCAUUGAGUUCAAGACCCACGCAAAGUUCAGAGGAUACUUUGUCAUGGAGCACCACACCCUCCCAGAUGUGAAGUCUUUUAUAAUGACUCCAGACCACCUGGGAGGAAUUGAGUUUGAUUUACAGCUUCUGUGGAGUGCCCAGACUUUUGAUUCGCCAUACCAGCUGUGGAGAGCAACUAGUUCUUAUAACAGGAAAGACUACUCAGGGGAGUACACGAUCUACCUCAUCCCCUGUACUGUACAACCCACACAGCCAUGGAUUGACCUCGGAGACAAGCCGCUGCCCUGCACAGCACAUGCUCCAGAAAGAUUUUUGAUACCCAUUGCAUUCCAGCAGACUAACCGUCCGGUGCCCGUUGUCUAUUCCCUCAACACUGAGUUUCAGCUCUGCAACAAUGAGAAAGUGUUUCUGAUGGACCCCGGCACAUCUGACAUGUCGCUGGCAGAAAUGGAUUACAAAGGGGCUUUUUCAAAGGGUCAGAUCCUUUAUGGCCGUGUACUUUGGAAUCCUGAACAGAACCUCAACUCAGCUUAUAAACUGCAGCUGGAGAAAGUCUAUCUGUGUACUGGCAAGGAUGGCUAUGUGCCCUUCUUUGACCCCACUGGGACGAUCUACAAUGAAGGGCCACAGUAUGGAUGUAUUCAACCUAACAAGCACUUAAAGCACAGAUUCCUGCUGCUGGAUCGAAGUCAGCCAGAAGUCAUCGACAAAUAUUUUCACGAUGUUCCUUUUGAUGCCCACUUUGCAUCUGAUUUAUCUGAUUUCCACAUGGUCAGUAGCAUGCCAGGUGUGGACGGAUUUACCCUGAAAGUUGAUGCACUUUACAAGGUGGAAGCAGGACACCAGUGGUAUCUCCAGGUCAUCUAUAUCAUCGGCCCCGACACCAUCUCCGGGCCACGAGUGCAGCGUUCUCUCACCUCCCCAGUAAGGCGCAGCCGCAGGGACUUUGUGGACCACACAGGCCGACUAACCCUUGAUGAUUCCCUCAUCUAUGACAAUGAAGGAGACCAAAUUAAGAAUGGCACCAACAUGAAAUCGUUGAAUCUGGAGAUGCAGGAAUCAGUUGUGGCCGCUUCUCUAUCCCAAACUGGAGCGUCAAUUGGGAGCGCCCUUGCCGCCAUCAUGCUCCUGCUGUUGGUGCUUUUGGUGGCUUAUCUCAUCACCAGAAAAUGCCAGACACAAAAGAAGAAAAGGGCUCCAGAGGACAUCUUGGAGGAAUACCCUCUGAAUACCAAGAUAGACAUAUCCAAGAGGAACCCAGACAGGCUGGAAAAGAACACAAACAGGCAGUACUGCACCGUGCGAAACAUCAAUCUACUGAGUGAGAAUGAGGGGGCCUACAAAUUCAAAGGUGCUACGGUCAAAAGAGUGAACCUGGAAGUCAAAGUUCAUAACAAUUUACAAGAUGGAACUGAAGUUUGAUGGCAGCGACCCAUCUGUAUUUUUUCUAAGAAUCUUUUUAUAAAUGGUUAAAAAAAUAAUAAUUAAAAAAAGGUUACUGGUAUUUUUAUAAUCUUGUGGAAAAAGGGAAAACUAGAGCUUUGAGUGGUGGCCUGCACUAUAUCACGUGCUUCAACUCACAGCUGAGCUACCUCAUCCAGGGAUAAACCAAGGGAGGCCCUCAGGACGGGAAACACUGAGUAGGGGGUAUUUCUGUGGAUAUCCACAUUCAUUUUUUUUCAACAUCAGGAGAUGAAUCUUUUUGUCAUGGUGGCCUUGGGAGACUAGGAUAUCAUCUAUAAGUUGAUAGGGAUAUGAUGAUUUUUUUAAAGCGAUGUGGUAUAAUGGGGAAAGCAUCGAAUUUGGAGCUUGGAAGACGGGGGUUCAAAUCCCAGUUCUGCCAUUAACCCCCUGUAUAAAUCGAAGGAAAUCACUUCAUUCCUCUAGGCCUCCAUUUCUAUAAAAUGAGGGAUUUGGACUAGAUCACUUCAGUGGCACCUUUCAACUCCAAAUCCUGUGAUAUGAAGGUAUUCACCUUCAUUUCCCCUCUGCCUUUCCUAAGCCCUUGGAUGGCCCAGCCUGGAUUUGCUGACCCCAUGCACUCUCAUUUGGAUUUUUUAAAAUGUGUUUAUUGUUUCCAAGCAUGAUUACCAUUUAUAAUCGCUAUUCAUACUUCACACUGAUAGUGCACUUUUCUCCAAGAUGUUUCAAAAUGCUUUCUAGCCCUUUUCCACAGCCCUGAUGAGAAAGCUUCAGGCUUCCCUGGGUAGCUAGCAGGCAUAGGUAAGUGCCCACUUUCUAGUGCAAAAAUUGGGAUCUGGAAAAGUCAAUGGCUUGGCCAACAUCUCAGAGCAAGUCAUUGUUUGUUAGUUAGAUCAGAGUUUUCAUUUCCUGACUCCUGUGCUAUCAUGAUGCUAUCCAGAGAGAUGCAUCGAUGAAUAUCCAGAGGGAUGUAUCAAUGCGCCAAGUCCUUCUUUGUCAAAUGUCUGCAUGCAUUCCCAUUCAACAGCAGUCCAUGUGGUCAUGGAUGCACUUUAGACUUGAGUCUCUCCUAGAAAACCCACCAUGAUAUCUUGUUCCCCCAGGUUUUAUCUAUCUACUACCUGAUAAUGGAAUACCCUGUGCUCUUACUUGCUGUGGAUUUUAGAGUUACUCGUAUUUCAGGAAAUGUAUAUGUUGUAUUUAAUUAGGACAAAUUACAGAAAAGCCAAGGAGAGAAUCCAGUUAGAAUUGAGCAGAGGACAGCUGGGUGCUUCCUGAUUCCUUUUGCUAUUUCCAUCUGUCCUCCCUUGGUGUCUCCUGACAAAGCAAGUCAGGAAUUUCUUUUAAGGGUUUCUUAUCUGGUAGCUCAGGUGCGUGAUUUGGCCACAUCUGUUCAUGGUAAAGUCAGGGAUACGUGGUUUUAAUAUAAUGCUAUGGCCAGAGGUCAGUUUAACUACUGUAGGUGCAUCAUAUGCUCGGCUUGCUUUUUUGUUGUUGUUGUUGUUUUUAAUCUUUGACGUAGCCUUCUUGGCAAAUAAAUAAGCAUGUGUGCCUGAGGCAACUUUGAAUUAGAAACCACAUACUUAUCCAGGUUUAGAAGGAUGAGAGCCACUCACCCUUGAUGCAUGACUUCUCACAAGCACGUCUUAUAACCCUGGUGAUCCUAUUUGUACUUGGAAGAGCCCAGCUAUGGGUGAAUCUUCAGAACUGGAAGCAGUGUACUGAAAGCAUUAGUAAGAACUAACUGUGAAAGGCUUUGAGGCAUUUAGGGAAAUGAUGAGGAAACAAAACUAAUCACUAACACGGUGUUAUCAAGAAGGCAAGUAGAGGACACUUUUCUCCAUGCAUGAUGGAAACAUCUCACAGUUGGGCAAAGACAAGACAGUGUCAGUGAGCUGGAUCUGAUAGCAGCACCACUGGAGGAUGAGCAGAAAGCGAACCCAUGGUCUAUCUGAUGGCAGCUUGGGUUAGGAUUAUGGACCAGGUCCAGAUGCCUCCGAUGCCUAUAUUCUUCAGUAAAUUACAUGUGCACGGGAAAGAGGAGACCAAGAGGUGCUGGCAUCCAUAUCUAAUGUCUGAGAUGCUGAAAAUACUCUCCAUGCUUUGCUUUCAUGUAACAACUUCCAUGUCAAUGCACUUAUUAAGCACCUACUGUGUACAAAGCACUGAAUACCGAAUAGCUGAAAUGUGUUUGCUACCAGCAUGGAGAUUAUCUUGGAGAAAAGAAACCCCCCCUCCCCUGAAAUAUCCCUCCCUGCCUUCUUCCCAUUACAUACUCAGAUGAAGGGUAUGGCUUCCUCUAAUAAAUGGACACACUGAAUGUAAAGUGCUAAGAUAUGUGGAACUGAGAUUUUUCUUGUUUGGUUCACCGCUCUCAACAUUUAUUUUUAUCGACUCGGGAUGUGAUGAUCUCUAUCAUACAAGGGAUGACUUUCAUGGUAUCUGAUUUCAACUGGGUCUAUGCCCUUGUCUUGUUAUUACUUGUUGCACAUCUCUCUGUAUUUCACCAUGCAGGUCAGGAGGAACAAAGACCUAUCUGUACUGUGUUUCUUUCCAUGUAAGGUACAGUGCUAGUUAGCUUUAAAGAGGAAGAGGGUGACCCUUUGCCCUGGUUGUCCUUUGUUGUCCUUUUGCUGAAUCGUGCACACAUUGGAGGACUCAUGGAUUCUUCUUGUGGGCAGUUCAGUUGCCAGCAGUUCCUCGUCUAGUGAGUUCUGGAGUUCUCUGUCUCGGUGUGUGGAAGUUGAUCUUCCUCCAUGAUUGUUACUCAGAGUAUUACCCUAUCACCCACAGCCCUGAUCUGAUGGUGUGACCCAUUUGUGGUGCUGUCUUCCUGGUUUCUUGAAUCUCUUGUGAUUUUUGUAUUUUCAUUGCUAAUCUAUGUGUUACAGAUUUCUGAUUUCUCCAACAGCACAUACCAUAAUAUGGAUUUUUAUUAAUAAA